UCCUUCGCGAGUGCAUCUGUGUGUGUCUGUGUGUCCCAGAAGGGGGGCGCGCACGGACACGUCUCUGCGCAUCCCUUUGCUUCCGCCUCCUCCCCUCUGCCCUCUCAUCUCGCCAUCUCGCGAAUCUUUAUCUGGUGGCAAAAGGUGGAGGCAGGGCAAUAUUAUUGUGCACCAUGCGGCCAACUCUUUCUGCCCUGGAUUUACCCUUUGGUUCCAUGCUGCCACUUCUCUACCCGACAUAUUUUCUCGCCUCUAAGCGCGUUCCGGGUUCUCUCGCUCGAAUGCCGCACGCGGUCCCCCCAGCACCACUCGCUCGGUUCUCCUGCGGUCCGCGAACGACAAAGAAUGCAGCGGGAUUGGACGGCGCGAUGGAUUGCGACAUUGAUAAGAAUACUCUCGGAAGAGCACGACUCGCGAUACGGAAUAUUAUGGAGCGCUUUAUAUACUAGAACCAUCUCUUCUUUUUCUUCCUCCCCCACCCAAAAAGUAUCAUCCACUUCCCGCAAGACAAGCCUUGCAACAGACAAGCCGGCCACUGACGAUGUCCGCGCACACCAACGCUAUCGUAGACCUCGAGUCUGCCCCGGUCCCCUCCUCCGCCCUGCCCGCAUCUACAGACGACACCAAGGCUGCUGGCGGGCCCAUCACUCUCACCUACAGCGGUGACAAGAAAGAGUCCAUCCCCGAUGUCUCUGUGGGCGCUGCCGGCGCCUUGGACUAUGUGUCUGAUGAGGUCGAACCUACCGAUGAGGAAUUCGCCAUUCUCAAAAAGAUUCCCGGCAAGAUGCCCUGGGUUUGUGUCGCCAUGUGUUUGAUCGAGCUUUCUGAGCGAGCGUCCUACUAUGGUAUCACUGGUGUCGUCCAGAACUUUGUCAAGAACCCUCUCCCCGAGGGCGGUAACGGUGCUGGCGCUGUUGCUCCUGGCUCUGAUGGAGCAAACCAGUCGGCCGGUGCUCUCGGCCGUGGCUCUGUGCAAUCGUCAGCCAUCUACAAUGCUUUCGUCUUCCUGGCCUAUGUCUUCCCUAUCAUGGGUGGUAUCAUUGCCGACACUAGAUGGGGUCGAUUCAGGACUGUCGUUGUCGGUACCGCUAUCGGCGGUGUCGCCCACGUCCUCAUGGUCGUGGUCACCAUUCCUCAAGUCCUCGCCAAGGGAUCUACCGCUGCCCUCGGCGCCUUCUUGCCCUUCUUCUACAUUCUCUCUUUCGCUGCUGGUUUCAUCAAACCUUGUCUGGCCACGUUGCUUUGUGAUCAGUCGCCUGUCAAGAGGCCUACCAUUACCACCACCAAGACUGGCGAGCGAGUCAUCCUCGAUCCCCAGACUACCGUGCAGCGAUACCUCCUCGUGUUUUACUGGUGUAUCAACGUCGGCGGUUUCUUUGCCAUCGCUUCCUCCUACUCGGCUCGUUUCGUCGGCUUCUGGCUCGCCUACCUCCUCCCCGGUAUCGUCUACAUGCUCAUGCCCAUCGUCCUUGUGGUAUGCUACAAGAGGCUCUACAAGGCACCUCCCCAGGGCUCCGUUACCCUUGAGGCUAUCAAGGUCGUCACCAUGAUCAUCAAGAAGGGAGGCAUCAUCAGAAUGUUCAAGGGCGGCGAUGCGUUCUGGGAAACGGCCAAGCCCAGCUACAUCUUGGCUACCGAGGGUCAUGUCGACCACACCAAGGUCUUCUGGGACGACAAGUUUGUGGAUGAGAUCAGGCAGUCUAUCGCUGCUUGUGGUGUCUUUGCUCUUAUCCCCAUCUUCAACCUUGCCGAUGGUGGUAUCGGUUCUCAAGAGAACGACAUGUCCACUGCCAUGACUUUGAACAACGCCCCCAACGAUGUCAUCUCCAACUUCAACCCCCUCACCAUCAUCGUCUUCACCCCCAUCAUCACUUACGGCCUCUACCCCUUCUUCGAGAAGAUCGGCUACCCUCUCAAGCCCAUGACCCGCAUGACCAUCGGCUUCAUCUUGGGCGCUGCCAACAUGGUCUACGGUGCCAUCAUCCAGUGGAAGAUCUACGAGGUCUCUGACUGCGGCUACUACGCCUCCACCUGUGAGACCGUCACCUCGUGGUCCAUCUGGGCUCAGAUCCCCCUCUACUCUCUCCCUGCCAUCGGUGAAAUCUUUAUCAACGUCACCUCCUACGAGCUUGCCUACACUCGAGCUCCCGCCCGUAUGAAGGGUCUCGUCUACGCCCUCUGUCUUUUCAACCAGGCUAUCUCUUCUGCCAUCGGUCUUGCGUGUGCCAACGCUAUCCAGGACCCUUACCUCAUCUGGCCCUAUGUCGCUCUCGCCGUUGCUUGUGUGAUCUGCGCCGUCCUCUGCCCUACAUACUUUAGGCACUUGAACGAUCCGGUCCGAGACUUUGCCGACCCCGCUAGACAGGCCGGUAAGCUCCAAGAGACUGAGGCUCUUGCUGAGGACAGGGCGGCGAGCCCUGUGCGAGAGAAGGCUUGAGGUUGAAUGAUCUUUUCUUUUUUGGGUGUAGGAUUGUUGGGUUGUUUUUUUCCUCUCGUGUUCAUUUUUGUAUGCAGUUUCGAGGCUUCAUGCCUGCUCAAGAUACUCUAGAUUCAUGGAAUGAUAUUCUUAUAAUGCAUUCAAUUACAAC